AUGUUGGCUAAAAAGUGUAAAGGUUGUGGUUGCUCGGAUUUCACUCGUGAUAUCCAUAGCGCGUCCUCUGAUUUAGCGUGUCAAAACUGUGGUAGAGUCUUUGAAGAGAAUCCUAUUGUCUCUGAAGUCACAUUUGGUGAGUCCUCAAAUGGUGCUGCUGUGGUUCAAGGUGCUUUUGUUGGUGCUGAUCAAGCACAUGCUACUUUUGCUGGAGGUCCAAGAGGUAAUUCUAUGGAUAGUAGAACAAAGACUUUAGCUAAUGCCAAAAGAAAAAUUAGAGCAGUUGCAACUGCGUUGAGAAUUCCAGAAUAUGUAUCAGAUGCUGCGUAUCAGUGGUUUAGUUUGGCUUUGGCUUAUAAUUUUGUUAAAGGUAGAAAGUCACAAAAUGUUAUUGCGGCUUGUCUUUACAUUGCAUGUCGUAAAGAGAAAACACACCAUAUGUUGAUUGAUUUUUCUGCUCGUUUACAGAUAUCCGUUUAUUCAGUUGGUGCCACAUUCUUGAAGAUGGUUAAAGCUCUUCAUAUUACAAAAUUACCAUUAGCUGAUCCUUCCUUAUUUAUCCAACAUUUUGCUGAAAAGUUGGAUUUCGGUGAUGAUAGACUGAAAGUUGUUAAAGAUGCAGUUCGUUUAGCACAAAGAAUGGCUGAUGAUUGGAUCCAUGAAGGUAGAAGACCAGCUGGUAUCGCUGGUGCCUGUCUCUUAUUGGCUGCAAGAAUGAACAAUCAUAGAAGAACACACGGUGAGAUUGUUGCAGUUGCACAUGUUGGAGAGGACACCUUGCAAAGAAGAUUAAAUGAAUUCAAACAGACACAUGCCGGUGAGUUGACAGUUAAAGAGUUCAGAGAAUCAGAUGAUUAUAGCCCUUCACAACCACCUUCAUUCAAAAAAAAUAGAUUAAAGGAACAAAAACUGAAUGAAAAGUAUAAGUACAAUAGCGAACCAAAUAAUUCUGAUGACAAAGUAGGUAAUGAAUUGUUGGACAAGUUAUUUGGUUCUGUUGAUUUGAACUCUCAGGAAAUUCUUGAUCAGCUCGAAAGAGUGAAACAAAGACAAAGAAAAGAUAUUGAAAGAAUCAAGAGUACAAACAAUAUUGGAAGUCGUGUUGCUUCUCCAGUUCCAACUCAUGAAGAUAGGUUACAGUUUGAUGAAGAUCGCCCUAGAAAUUUGGAUAAAUUACCAACAACUUCAGACGUUUUGUCUAAUGUUUCUUCAGAUGCUAUGAAUUUUGAUGAUAUUGAUGAUGAUGAAAUAGAUGCGUUCUUGUUAACUGAAGAGGAAUCAAGUCUGAAGGAGAGAGUUUGGAUCGGUCUGAAUGAAGAUUUCUUGUUAGAACAGGAGCAAAAGAGAUUAAAGGCUGAAGCUGAUGAAAUAUCUGGUCAUCAACAAGCAAGAAAAAAGAAAAAACCACAACCAAAAUCUGAAAAUGAUGCACUUAACGAUGUUGAAAAUGACGGUAUACAAGGUGCUAUCAAUAGUAUCGGUGAACCUUCUUCUGCAUCUGCUGCUGCUAGAAGUGUCUUGUCUAAAAAGGCUUCAAAGAAAAUCAACUAUAUGGCUUUGAACAACUUGUUUGAAGAGAACUAA